UCCUCUACCAUAUUGCGGAGGACCAGGCUAGACGGGAUGGGUAUAUUCAUCGCGGAGUGACGUGCAAUAGCUGUGGCGCUAUGCCCAUUCAAGGCAUUCGGUACCGGUGCGCGAACUGCAUCGACUAUGAUCUGUGUGAGACGUGCGAGGCCAUGGGAGUCCAUAUCAAGACGCAUCUGUUCUACAAGGUCCGGAUCCCGGCGCCCUUCCUGGGCAACCCCCGGCAGUCUCAGCCGGUGUGGUACCCCGGGAAGCCUGCCAUGCUGCCGCGCAGCUUGUCCCGGACUAUGGCGAAGCGUCUGAUGAAGGAAACUAGCUUUGAGAAUAUGGAGAUGGAUGCGCUCUGGGAUCAGUUCCGGUGCCUGGCUAACCACGAGUGGGAAGAAGACCCGAACAGGCUGUAUAUGGCGAUUGAUCGAAAGACGUUCGACCGGUGUUUCGUGCCGAACACGUCCAUCCGCCCGCCGCCACCCAGCCUGAUCUACGACCGCAUGUUUGCCUUCUACGACACCAACGGGGAUGGCCUGAUUGGGUUUGAGGAGUUCUUGAAGGGUAUUGCCAGUCUCAACAACAAGAGCAACGACGAGCGGCUACGUCGCGUGUUCCGUGGCUAUGAUAUCGACGGCGACGGCUACAUUGAACGGAAGGAUUUCCUGCGCGUAUUCCGGGCCUACUAUGCACUCAGUCGCGAGCUGACCCGGGACAUGGUUGCCGGCAUGGAGGAUGACUUUCUGGAGGGGGGUGCCCGAGAUGUUGUAUUGGGGAGCCAGCCGAUCAGCUCCGCGUUUCCAGGCAGCAUUCCCUCAGGCGAAGCCUCAAGGACUGGAGAAGGCAAGCGCGUCAACCAGGACGGAGACAUGGAAAUUGUGGACAACGAGGGCGUCAUACGGUUGGACGGCACUGACACCGGUGACCGACACGCGGUGGUUGGCGAUGCUGCCGUUCGAAGCCAUUACGGCAGCGUGCGACCCUUGUUUCCGACCACUGCUCGUUUGACGACCCCGUCCGGCUCAGGUGUGGCUCACGCUUCAGGAAGCAACACUCGAAGAGAUGUCAACGGCGACGACGCGCCUGACGAUGCCUCCGAUUCGUCCGGCGGCAGCGAUCGCUGGCCUCCGCCAGAGCACGUUCGCGAACAAGACAUCAUCCACGCACUGGGGACCUACAUCCCGCUUCAUGAGAUCACCAAUCCAGUCGACAGGGCUCGUGUUGGCACGGCAGUUUACAACCGAAUGUGCGCGCAGGACCGACUCCGUGUCAAUAUGACCCGCAGUGCUGGCAUCCACGAGCGAUGGCAGCGCAGGAGGUUUUACACCGACGAGGAGGAUGGCGCAGCCGCCCCACACGGCUAUCGUAGCGACAUGGACGUGGAUGCCUUGACAGAAGACGAAGAUGAUGAUGACGACGACGACGACGACGAAGUCGACGAACCACAGCCCUCCUCUGAGUCUCACCCACCGUCGCCCCGCUCUCGAUCUUCAUCCAAGGUGCGGUUCCAAGACGACCUCACGGACGACUACGACGUACGCUCCAACCCGUCGACCUCCUCGCGCAGCAUCCUCGUGGGUGAGCGGUGGGGUGGGUUUGAAAUCCCCGAGGUCGAGAGAGACGUCGGCAAAGAGAUCCUCUACCAAGUCACCCAGCAAGGGUUCAACGAACUGCUUGAUCUCCUCUUCAAACCCAAGGAAGACCUGCUGAUGGAAGUUUACCGAACCCGGGCAGACCGCAAGACCUGGGCCCGCGAAAUCGAGCGAGCGGAGCUAGGGAAGCAACGUGCACAAGAGACCACCGACAAGCAAGCAAGCAGUGACGAGCCACCGGAAUCCCCCUUGCACAACCCAUUCCGCGACAGACCCUUGGACGAACUGCUCGACCGCUCCGGAUACUCCAUACAAAGCCCGACUCUCGAGCCCGUCCAGGAGAGCCCCGUGCUUCCGCCUCCCAUGCCAGACCCCAGCCUCCCCAACGACGACGUCGUCUACCUCGGCAUCCCAGAGGACGAAGACGACGACGAAAGAGGCCAUCAUUCCCGCGCCGCAGCCUCCGCCGCAGCUGCCCUGGCCCUCGACUUCCCCCCCAUCCCCAACUUCCUCCGCGAGAUCGCCCCUACCCGCAUGCGCAUGAUGUCUCCCUCCCCGCGGAUCCCCCCGGCGCCUCUAUCAUCCACCUCCUCCUUCUUCGAAGAAGACGACGACGAGAUCGUCGUCGCAGAAGACUCAGACACAGGCUCCCCCUCCCCCUCCCGUCCCCCCUCGGUCGCCUCCGUCUCCUACUACGACCCAACCCUCCCCCACCACCGUCCCAACGAAGGAGACUCCGACCAAGCCUCCGACCAAGCCUCCGACUCAAUCUCUAACCCUGACUCUUCCACCUCCGACGAACUCAUCCUCUCAGGCUCUGGCUCCUCCUCCCCCAUCCCCCAUCACCACCUCCACCACCACCCCCCACCCCUCCCCACCUCCCUCCGCCUCCAACCCAACGGCACAACCUCCUUCCCGGUCCCACACUCCCCCUUCAUCUCCCCCGAGGCCGAAGCCACCGCCCCCAAACUCUCCCCCUCCCCCAUUCAACCCCUCCCUUCUCCCUCCACCGCCCUCCCCAAACACGUCCCCUCCGGCCCUAUACGGCCCCCCUCGCCCGCGAGACUCUCCCGCCUCGCGUACCUGAACCAGGUGGAGCAGGAGUCCAAGGCGCGUGGUGGGAGCGGCGCGAAACUUAGUUUCGAAGAAUUUGCCCAGCGCAUGGCGAUGGAUAGGGGAAGGACUUUGGCGUUCGUGGCGAGUUGGAUUGAGAUGGCUAGUUUUUAGGUUGCGGGCCAUGAGAGAGGGGGUUUGAGUGCGUGGAUUGUGGAUGAUGGAUGAUGGAUGAUGGGUGGUGGGUUGGUGGGUGAGUGGGUGUACAUACAUAUGGUAUGAUAUGAUUUUCGAUCGUUUUCGUUUCAAAGUGGGUUAUCUGAAUGGCUUUGGGUGAGAUGGGACGAGAUGAGACGAGAUGGGAUGGAAUGAGAUGGAGUGAGAUGGAUGGAUGGAUGGAUGGAUGAAUGAAUGGGAUGAGAACUGUACAGUAUCUGAUUAUGAAAGGAUGAGGCUGAGAGAAGGGAAGGCCGUUGAUGAUCGGAAGAAGAUUAC